AUGAGGAUGCUGAAGAGAGCUUCUGCACUCCUCCUGAGAAGAGGAAUCACAACUUAUCAAAGCAGAUUGUGCAGAAAUGACAGCCUCUUCAGAGUUCAUUCAUCUGUGUCUGAGGCGCUGGCAGAAAACAAGCCAGUGGUUGCUCUGGAGAGUACUAUUAUCACACAUGGCAUGCCCUAUCCACACAACCUGAGCACAGCGAAGGAGGUGGAGGACAUUGUGCGAUCUGAAGGAGCCACUCCAGCCACGGUUGGAGUGAUCGAUGGUGUCGUCCAUGUUGGUUUGUCGUCAGAGGAGCUCGACCACCUGGCCCGCUGCAAGAGCUCCAUGAAGGUGUCCCGCCGUGAUCUGCCCUACGUCGUCAGCAAAGGGCUCUCUGGGGGAACAACAGUGUCGGCCACGAUGAUAGCUGCACAUCGAGCUGGCAUCCCUGUGUUUGUCACAGGGGGCAUAGGAGGAGUUCACAGAGACGGAGAGAACAGUCUGGACAUCAGUGCAGAUCUGACAGAGCUCGGCAGGACUCCCAUUGCAGUCGUCUCUGCUGGUGUCAAAUCUAUUCUGGACAUCGGUCGCACCCUGGAGUACCUUGAGACACAGGGUGUCUGUGUAGCCACCUAUGGAGCGUCUAAGAACUUCCCAGCCUUCUUCUCUCCACAAAGCGGAUUCACUUCUCCUUUCCAUGUCUUCAACCCUGAGGAGGCUGCCAAACUUAUUGCGAGCACUCUGUCACUGGGUCUCCAAAGUGGCGUCCUGUUAGCCGUGCCCAUCCCAGAGGAGCAUGCAGCCGCCGGCCAGCUGAUAGAGGAGGCCGUACAGGCUGCAGUCACAGAGGCAAGUGUUAAAGGUAUAACAGGAAGAGAUGUGACGCCGUUUAUUCUUCAAAAGGUCAACGAGCUGACUGAAGGAAAGUCCCUUCAGGCCAACAUUGCUCUCAUUCAUAACAAUGCUAAAGUUGGCAGUCAGAUAGCCUGCGCACUGUCGCGACAAAUGACUGAGAGAAAGUGCAGAGGAAACACCAAUCGUCAUGGAAAACACUCAGACUCAGAUAUAGUUGUCAUUGGAGGAAUAAAUGUUGAUUUUAUUGCAAAAGGAAAAGCAGAAACACUUAUUUUCGGACAGACAAACCCAGGGAGUGUGUGUCAAUCAUUUGGUGGUGUAGGACGGAACAUCGCUGACUCUCUGAGUCGAUUAGGCCGCAGCCCUCUGUUUAUCUCAGCUACUGGAGCUGAUUCACACAGCGAGGCAGUGCUACACUAUUGUAAACAUAUGAACACAAGUGGUGUGGCCAGGUUAGAAGAGCAGAGCACGGCUACGUACUGUGCUGUCAUCACUGCUAGUGGAGAACUGAGUCUCGGAUUGGGAGACAUGGACAUUCAUCAACAGAUCACAGCGCAGUAUGUGUCACAGUUUGAGAAGCAGCUUUCAUCAGCCACCCUCGUGUGUCUGGAUGGAAACAUCCCUGUCUCCACCAUCGACUAUGUUUGCUCCAUUGCCAAAAAACACAAUAUCAAUGUUUGGUAUGAGCCGACAGAUUCAGAUAAAGCCUGUAAGCCUUUCCUGUCCGACGCCUGGAAGUCUCUUUCCUAUUCAUCCCCAAACCUGGCCGAGCUGCGCACCAUGAACAAAACUCUGGGCCUCCCCACACCUGAAGUGUUGCCUAGCUCUGUGGAGGAGGUGCUGAGUGUUGCUAUGGCUCUCUCACGCCCCCUCCUGGACCAUCUCCACUGUCUGGUGGUGACUCUGGGGGAGAGUGGGGUGCUGGUGUGUGGAGAGCAUGAAGCAGGCUCUGUCAACCUGCAGCCAAGGAAACAUAAAAAGAAGAGGAAGCUCUGUGCUGUCCACUACCCGGCACUGACUGUGACGGCAGACGAGACCAUGAAUGUGUCAGGAGCAGGAGACAGUCUCGCAGGUGCUUUGAUGGCUGGGAUCCUCCAUCAGCGAGACACAGACAGCUGUGUUCGGAUGGGGCUCCUGGCUGCUCGUCUCUCUCUGGCGUCACCACAUCCUAUCGCCCCAACGCUCACCUUCGACUCUGUGGAUCCCAACAAAGUCAAGACUCAAGAAUGGCCAAAACCCAGCUUCAUGUGGAUUGAUUAAAAAUGUUAAACACCAUUUUAAAACCUAACUGGGGAAAAGUAGAAAAGUGGGUCUAAUAUGCAUUAGUUUUUCAAAUAUUUUUGUCAGUUUGAUAAUUUUAGGCCUUUUAGUGUGUGAUUGGAUUGUGAAGCGUGAUGUAUAAAGAUUCUACAUUAAACCAUUUAAUACACAUU